CACGCGCAUAUGUUAGUUUACAGGGACUCUCCAUAAAUGUAACUGUAUUCUAUACUGUUUAUCCCCAUGCACUACCUCUAUCCAUCACGGAAAAUGCAUGUUUAAAUUUUAAAGCCAUUUGGUUUACGAGGGCACAGGAAUUCUCCUCACAAACCAUGUUUACAUUGUAACACACACACACACACACACAGGGUAAACAAACGUCCCAGUUUCCUAUUGCUGAAAAAUAACCUGUAGCUACGUGUAGGAAACCGUCACGGCUCGUAUCAGUAUUUUAUAUGCAGUUAUGAGCGAGGGAGAGCAGUUAUAUUAGGCGCGUUCCACUUGAAGCAGCGCUUCACAGAAUGAUCACCUGUAUGACAUUAAAGUACCGCGAGAGCGAUUCCAAUGCAUUGGAUAUGUGUGCUCCUUUAUCGCUCUCGCGGUACUUUAAUGUCAUACGGUGAUCCUCCCGUGCGUGCAGCGGUGCUUCAAGUCGAACGCGUCUAUCGACUUCGUGCGAUUGUUUCUGGAAUUCGCAGGUUGUAAAUCGUGUCGUUUAUCAUCUCGUCCGUACGAUUUUCAGAUAAACUCACUCGUGCCGUGUGCGUGGACAUACGAUCUUCCGACCAUCCGAAUUCGCACCGUGUACGCCCGCCUUUAGGUAAUGACUCGCUUCCACGGAGAAGUUCACAAGAAUGUUGCUUUCACUUUUAAUAACUAGCCUACCUGUAAAUCGGUGUCUCUUGUGUAGCAGAAGAACAGAACGCGUUCACAAAACAGAAUCUGUAUUUAUAUCUUGCGGGGAAAAUUGUGAAAAUGAAGCUUCUCUGUAAUUCUCUUGCGUGGAUCUUGUUUUUACUCAUCCACGUUGCAUCUGAUGUUGGAUCAGAUAAACUGUCGGUGUCAGUGAUGGAGGGAGAUUCAGUCACUCUACACACUGGUGUUAAAACAAACCAACAAGAGGAUAUUAAAUGGUAUUUCAUUGACACUCGCAUCGCUCAGAUCAGUGGAGAUCUCCGUUUUAUCUGUACGGAUGUUCAGUGUAAUGAAGGUACUGAGAGAUUCAGAAACAGACUGAAGCUGGAUCAUCAGACUGGAUCUCUGACCAUCAUGAACAUCACAAACACAGACUCUGGAGAAUAUAAACUGAAGAUCAUCAGUAGUACCAGCAGCAGUGAAAAAAACUUCAAUGUCAUUGUCAAAAUUGCAUCUGAUGUUGGAUCAGAUAAACUGUUGGUGUCAGUGAUGGAGGGAGAUUCUGUGAUUUUUCACACUGGUGUUAAAACAAACCAACAAGAGGAUAUUAAAUGGUAUUUCAGUGACACUCGCAUCGCUCAGAUCAGUGGAGAUCUCCGUUUUAUCUGUACAGCUGUUCAGUGUAAUGAAGGGACUGAGAGAUUCAGAGACAGACUGAAGCUGGAUCAUCAGACUGGAUCUCUGACCAUCAUGAACAUCACAAACACAGACUCUGGAGAAUAUAAACUGAAGAUCAUCAGUAGUACCAGCAGCAGUGAAAAAAACUUCAAUGUCAUUGUCAAAAGUGUUCCUGCUGCUGAACGAGAUGAAGUGAAGACAAACGAGGGAGAAUCUGUCACUUUAGAUUCUGGUGAAAGAAGAAAACCAAAUGAUGUGUUGACAUGGUUUUUUGAUGACACUCUCAUCGCUCGAGUUACUGGUGAUCCCAAUAAAACCUGUACAGAUGUUCAGUGUAAUGAUGAUGAAGAGAGAUUCAGAGACAGACUGAAGCUGGAUCAUCAGAAUGGAUCUCUGACCAUCAUGAACAUCACAAACACAGACUCUGGAGAAUAUACACUACAGAUCAAGAGCAGCAGCAGUUUUAGUAUCACCAGAGAGAAGAGAAUCAGUGUUAAUGUCAUUGAUUCAGGGUUAUCUUCAGCUGCUGUAGCAGGAAUAGUUGUUUCUGUUCUGCUUGCAGUCACAGCUCUGUUUGCUGGUUUGAUUUACAUUUACCAUCGCUCCAAGAGAUACAGCAGAGCACCACAGCAUGUGAAUGGUGUUAAUAAAGACAUUGCUUUGAGUGACAAAGGACAUCUUUAAAUCAAUCUCAAGGUGAAACUGGCUGAAUAAUAAUAAUAAUAAUAAUAAUGGAGAGAAGAGGAUCUUCAGAGUAAUUGUGUCAUGAGUCCAGGAUUUCAAUUUCAAUUUAAAAAAACUGAUUUGUUACAUAUUUGUAAAUGAAUUAAGAAACAUUUAGACUAACAUAAUAUAUAUGAGCAAUACUGUAAAUAACUAAACAACACGUGGGAAUAGAUGUAUUUUUCAAUAAAUGCAUUUUUCAAAGCUGCUGAAGUGUUCUAGACAGGAAUGAUGAGCGAUUAUUUCUUUCUCAUCUUUUGCAAAAAGACAUAAUAAUGCUUGUCUGUUAUAACAUCAUUUGUUUUCUCUUGCCUGUUCACAUCCUCCUACAACUGUGACACAAUGAGUGCAUUUUCCACAACUGCCUCACAGAGAAGAGCAUUAUACAGAAAUGUCUUUCCUCCCACUCUUAGUGGAGGACAAAAGUACUCUUCAUAGUCUGCACUACUGAUACUCUAAAUGUUUGUACUGUCUUUGACUGAGAUUAUUAUGUUAUUUACAAAUGUAUAUUUGGAUUAGUCACUAACAUUAACCCAGGCUGGAACAAACUCUGAAUGGCAUUGAUUUUUAUAGCCCACAGUAUGUCCACCCUGUAAGCCUGGAAAGUCACUGAUUUAUUUUGAGGUUAAUGAAAGACCUAGCUGAGAGUAUUUAGGUUCAGUGCCUGUAACUGGAUGCGGUGUCAGAACAUGUUUCUCUGGUGAUUGGUAAUGUGCUGUUUUUUUUUUUUUUUAAUCAUGAAUAAAUAAGAACUGGACACAAA